AUGAUUACCGAUAAAGAGAGGGAAGAUAUCCUUAAAUUUGUUGAAACGGAGGCCACAGAGGGAGAAAUUCUUGAUGAUACUACAGUUAAAAAGUUGGUUCUUAACUUUGAGAAAAAAGCACUUAAAAAUAGGGAAAUGAGGAUAAAAUUUCCAGAUCAACCAGAGAAAUUUAUGGAUAGUGAAAUUGAUUUACAUGAAGCUUUGCAGGACCUUAGUGCUGUUGCAACAGUACCAGAUCAAUACCCAUUACUAGUGGAACUAAAGUGCAUUAAUUCACUUUUGGAAUUGUUAUCACAUGACAACACUGACAUUUCUACUAAGGUUGUCCAUCUUUUACAGGAAUUUACCGAUGUGGACAUUCUUCAUGAAAGUGAAGAAGGAGCAGAAGAGCUGAUCAAGGCUUUGGCAGAAGCUGAUGCUCCAGCUCUAUUGUUGCACAAUCUAGCUCGUCUUGAUGAGCAAGUACCAGAUGAGCGUGAUGCUGUACAUAACACAUUAGGUGUAAUAGAGAAUAUUACUGAGUUUAGACCAGAACUAUGUCAUGAGGUUGCAAAACAAGGGUUUAUACAAUGGAUACUCAAAAGAUUAAGGUUAAAAGUACCAUUUGAUGGAAACAAAUUGUACGCAACAGAAAUUUUAUCAAUACUGCUUCAAAACACACCUGAAAAUAGGAAAUUGUUGGGCGAGUUGGAUGGUAUUGAUGUAUUAUUGCAACAGUUGGCGUUUUAUAAAAGACAUGACCCUAGUGGGGCAGAAGAACAAGAAGCUAUGGAAAAUAUGUUUGAUACAUUAUGUUGUGCUCUUAUGGAGCCUGCUAACAGAGAUCGUUUCUUACGUGGAGAGGGUUUGCAACUCAUGAAUCUAAUGUUAAGGGAAAAGAAAAUGUCGCGAAAUGGAUCAUUAAAAGUGCUUGACCAUGCUCUGGCAGGUCCUGAUGGAAAAGAUAACUGCAAUAAGUUUGUAGAUAUAUUGGGUCUAAGAACUGUGUUUCCACUUUUCAUGAAAACUCCAAAGAGGAAAAGACUGUUAACAGUAGAUCAGCAUGAAGAACAUGUUGUUUCUAUAAUAGCUUCAAUGUUACGGAAUUGUCAAGGAAGCCAAAGGCAACGUCUUUUGGCAAAGUUUACUGAGAAUGAUCUCGAAAAAGUUGACAGGCUAUUAGAAUUACAUUUUAAAUAUAUGGACAAAGUUGAUAGAACAGAAAAAGAAAUGGAGCAAGAUACUGAAGAGAUUGAUGACGACGCCCAAUAUUUGAAAAGACUGUCUGGCGGCCUCUUCACGUUGCAACUAAUUGAUAGAAUAAUUUUGGAGGUAUGUACCGCAGGACCUCCAACAAUAAAGCAGCGUGUACAACGCGUUUUGUCUUUACGCGGCGGCUCCUUGAAGAUUAUACGACACGUUAUGAGAGAGUACGCUGGUAACCUUGGUGAUGCCGGAAGUGAGGAGUGGCGCCAGCAAGAACAACAACAUAUAUUACAAUUGGUGGAUAAGUUU